AUGUCUUCUACCUGGGAGAGCACCAGCUCGCUAUGGAGCAAGUCGAACAUCUGGGGCAAUGGUGGGCUGUCCAACGGAAUGCUCCAAGGCAGCGCGCGAGGCAACAUGGGCUCGCGUGACCUAUCUCAGCAACCCAUAUCGCCUACCACAGAAGAGCAUGAACCAAAGCGAGGGUCAGGAUCGUUGGUCGACGGCUCUUUCUCGUUGGAGAGCUAUGGCAUACGGCCUACAUAUGGUCAGAAACGUAAUAUGAGCACUGGCAAGGCGCUGUUGGAGACGCAUCACAUGAACGGGUCUGCGGGACAACAGCGAAGCUUCAGCACUGCUGGUCAGACGCUUGGACAGGCAUCAGCUGGAUUGGAGUAUCCAUAUGGCAUUGCACCACCGCCGAUCAACCUAAAUAUCGGUUCUGCAGCCCAGCAACACUCCAUCUAUGGGCAGCCUUACAUGAACGGCCGGUCAAAGUCGAACAAUGACCCUCCCCAAGUAUUCACCAAGCUCAACCGACCAGAGGAACCCAGUAAAGUCGACUCUGCAAAUCCUCAUCGUCCAAACGCAUCAGCGACGUCCUUUGGCUCGUUCCGAGACCCUUCGAUCUCGCCCAUCGAGGAGCGAAGACCGCGAGUCGGCCUUGAUCACCGAAUGGACAGCAAGCCGGUGUCUCGUGACGCUAGCAACGGCGCCAAGGAUGAGCGAACAGGGUCUCGUCCAUCAGACUACUCUGGUCUUCCAAAUGGCAUUGUCCCGGCCAACUCGCGUAUACCUUCUAUUGCGUCCACGGCAAAUGGAGGAUAUGGUGGUUUUGGGUACAGCGGUGACGAUGAGCUGAGUCGUCAAAUCGACCAGUUGAGCUUGCAAAGCAACAGUCGUCCUUCGACAUCCUACAAGUCCACUUCCAGCUUCAACGGCGCCUUUGACCAGUACACCGCACCUGCGACCUCUUCAUACAAUCGAUCAUUCUCCCACAGAGGAAUCUUUGGGAUGGACGGGAACGAUGACAUCGAAGAUGUGCCACGUUUGAGUAUGCCGCAGCAUCGCAGUAAUGGGUACAACACGUCUUCAACACCCAUCGAACUCCCCACAUUUGGUCAGACAGGUCUUGGAUCGUCCAUGCAUCACCUGUCGAAUAGUCUGAAUCCCCGCAAUGCUUCUGUAUUCACCCCGAAUGGUACACCGUCCAACGGGUCUGGGUCAGGAGAGAAUCAGAGACCGACUCCCGGCCUCCACGGCUAUACCAAUGGCGACCUAUCGCUGAAUGCACGAUUGGCGGCCAACGGUCCUCUACAUAUGGAUCCUCGUAUGCAGCAAAUGCUGAUCGAUCAGAUCCGGACGGGCUAUUCUCCUUACUUCAGCCCGUACGGCAUGGCUAAUGGCCUGCAAUUGCCAACCUACCUACCAAUGCAGAUACAGAUGAACGGCACCGACCCUUACGCGAAUCCGAGCGACCUCCCGCCUGGUGAGGGAGUACAGAGCGCAUUGAUGUACGAGUUCAAAAGCAAUAUCAAGUCCAGACGCUUCACUCUCAAGGACAUCUUCGGCCACGUCGCAGAAUUCGCAGGCGACCAGCAUGGCUCCCGCUUCAUCCAGACGAACCUCGAGACGGCCAACUCAGACGACAAGGAGCGUGUUUUUCGCGAAAUCGAGCCGAAUGUCCUGCAACUCAUGACGGACGUCUUCGGCAACUAUGUGAUCCAGAAAUUCUUCGAGCAUGGCGAUCAGACGCACAAGAAGAUUUUGGCGAACAACAUGCGUGGCCGAGUGUUGGAACUGAGUCUGCAGAUGUACGGCUGUCGUGUGGUACAGAAAGCGAUUGACCACGUACUCGUUGACCAGCAGGCUUCGCUCAUCAAUGAGCUGAAGGACCAUGUCACUCUGUGUGUCAAGGAUCAGAAUGGCAACCAUGUCAUUCAGAAGGCUAUCGAAAGGUGCCCCUCACAUACCAUUGGCUUCAUUUUCGAGGCUUUCCGAGGACAGGUGGCGUCUUUGAGUAUACAUUCUUACGGAUGUAGGGUUAUACAGAGGUGUCUGGAGAGGGGCGACUCGCCUUCCAAGGCUAUGAUAUUGAAGGAGUUGCUUGAGCCGCAAGGCAUCCCAACCAUGAUUUCCGACCAGUACGGAAACUAUGUCAUCCAGCAUGUGGUGGUCAAAGAUAAUGGUCCCUGUCGCAUGCGCGUCUUCGAGCACAUCCUCGGUGGCCUGGAAGGCUUCAGCAAGCACAAAUUCGCUAGCAACGUGGUAGAGAAGUGCCUUGAGCAGGCGAAUGAUAUGUGGAGGCGCAUGGUGGUGCACAAACUCGUCGAGCUCAACAAUGUUCGCCGUAUGGAGGGUGGCGAGGAUGUGUUUGUCGGCUUGAUCAAGGAUAAUUUUGGGAAUUAUGUUAUUCAGAAAUUGCUUGAUACUUUGUCUUCGGACGAUUUUGCGAGCUUCGUCGAGAUCCUCCAGCCGGCUAUGUCCCAGGCUAAGCGCACGGGCUGCGGCAAGCAGGUCCAGUCGAUCGAGAAGAAGAUGGAGCGGUUCGCUCGGCUGCCACGCUGGAAUACUGGAUAUAGUAACCACACUCAUGGCCAACACAAUGGACACAAUCACGACCACUACGGAACGAUGCAUCUUUCCUUACCGCCGCCAUUAUUCGCAAGCACGUUUGCUUCGGCGGCCAAUACGCCUCCCCCUCUGACGGCAGAUACGCAGAGCUUGCAGAGUUCAGGACUACCGAGUAUCAAUGGUGAUGCUGUUGAGGGAGCUGUGGCGGAGAGGAUGAGGAAGGGGAGUGGACAGGAGCAUGAUGGCCGGUUUGGACAAUGA